UGUAUAUAUGAUCCGAAAAUUUAAAUUUGAUACUAAUUACGUGGAGAAAUUAGCAGGGUUCAGUCUGCAACUGUGAGCAUUUUUAAGGAAGGAGACACUGAAAGAGAGGAGAGAGUGAACACGUACUAAUAACUACUUAAUUACCAAGUAAUUAUUAUUAUGGUAUCAUUAUCAUUCUAAUAAAUCAUUAACCCUACUUUUGUGCUUGCACGAUUCCAGAUUUCCAUUCUCAUCAAUAAGGGUGUUUGAUUGGAUUAAUGCAUGGCAAAGCAGUGUGAGAGGAGAGGCAUUUUCCAGUAGCAGUGAUGUCUGGGUAUCGACACCAACGGGCACAGAAUCUGAAGAGGGCAAAGAGGAUAAUUGUAAUGGUUUGUAUUGUGAGCAUUUUCUUGAUCGUUGCAUCUGUUUCUCGACCCGGAAGCUCUGCGUCCUGCUACUUGUUUCCGGCCUCCAAGAGUUGUACUUGGUACGAGAAGCCUCAGAUUAUUCCUUCCAGGGAAUUAACUGAUGACGAGACUGCAUCUCACGUUGUGAUUAGGGAAAUUCUCAAGAAACCCCCUCUUUAUUCAAAUAACCCCAAAAUUGCUUUCAUGUUUUUGACUCCAGGCUCAUUACCCUUUGAGAGACUCUGGGAUAGCUUCUUUUAUGGCCAUGAAGAUAGAUUCUCAGUUUAUGUGCAUGCUUCUAGGGAAACAGCCGUUCAUGUGAGUCGUUUUUUUGUUGGCAGAGACAUUCGCAGUGAAAAGGUGGAAUGGGGAAAAAUUUCCAUGGUUGAUGCAGAGAAGAGACUACUGGCUCGUGCACUUUUAGAUCCUAAUAACCAACAGUUUGUCUUGCUCUCUGAAAGUUGUGUGCCGCUGCAUACCUUUGACUAUGUGUAUAAUUAUCUCAUGUUCACAAACGUUAGCUAUAUUGAAAGCUUCGAAGACCUUGGCCCUGAUGGAAGUGGCAGGUAUUCAGAGCAUAUGAUGCCUGAAGUUGACAAGAAGGAUUUUCGAAAGGGAUCACAGUGGUUCACCAUGAAGCGGCAGCAUGCUAUAGUAGUUAUGUCAGACUUCUUGUAUUACACAAAAUUUAGGCUCUACUGCAAGCCAAACAUGGAUGGGCGCAACUGCUAUGCUGAUGAGCAUUACUUGCCAACCCUUUUUAAUAUGAUUGAUCCCAAUGGGAUUGCUAAAUGGUCAGUAACAUACGUUGAUUGGUCUGAAAGAAAAUGGCAUCCAAAAGCUUAUAGGGCCCCUGACAUUGCCUACGACCUCCUGAAAGACAUUACGUCUACUGAUGAGGCCUUGCAUCUCACAAGUGAUGCAACGAGAGUGAGAAGGACACCCUGUUUGUGGAAUGGACUGAGGCGACCCUGCUUUUUAUUUGCUAGAAAGUUCUAUCCAGAAACUCUAGAUAAAUUGAUGUUCCUUUUCUCUAACUAUUCAACAAUAUAGGAUUUAUUUGUUUUAUUGUAUUCUUCGGUUUCGACUACAAUGGCAAGCAAAUGCACAUGUAAAUCCACCGCCUAACGGUCUCAAGUUAUUAUUGUC